ACGGUCAGUGUAGAAGUGAAACAAACAUAAACGAAAAUGGUUACCCUCUUUAUAGACGUCGUGAGAAUUAUGUUACAGCAACUACUGAAAAUCAGGAAAUCGACAAUCGCUGGAUCGUACCGUAUAAUUCUUACCUAAGUCGAAAUAUCAGGCUCACAUUAAUGUCGAGCAUUGUUCCUCAAUUAAAUCUGUUAAGUAUUAGUACAAAUACGUUUAUAAGGGUCAUGACUGUGCUUCACUGAAAUUGAGCAUUAACUCUGACGAGAAAAGGGAAGUAAAUGUAGACGAAGUUAAUACAUUCGUAGACUGUCGUUAUGUUAGUCCUCCAGAGGCAAUGUGGCGACUUCAUGAGCGCCAACUCUUUCAUCGUUCACAUACUAUUGAGCGGCUACCUGUCCAUUUACAAGAAGAACAAAUGAUUUACUUCCGAGCUGGUCGCGAAGCUGAAACCAAUAUUAGCAAGGACUCCAAACUCAUGGCGUUUUUCAAGCUUUGCAACGAAGAGGAGGACGCCCGUCAGUAUUUAUACCACGAAAUUCCCGAACACUACGUAUGGUCGAAAGGCAAAUGGUGCAUAAGGGCGAGAAACAGUAAGUGCAUUGGUCGGAUGUACACCGUAAAUCCAAUGGAUUAUGAAAGGUAUUUCCUUCGUCUUUUACUUCUCCAUACCAAAGGACCAAAGUCAUACACGGAAAUACGUACGGUAAAUGAUGUAGUCUAUGAUAGCUUUCAAGCAGCUGCGGAAAAAUUGCAUUUACUAGGUAACAAUGCUGAGUGGAAAGAAUGUUUGCAGGAAGCUGUAACUUACCAAAUGCCAACUCAGUUGAGAUGGCUUUUUGCAAUUAUUUGCGUUUUCUGUUCACCAACCAACAUUUUGGAGCUUUGUCAUAUGUAUAUUUCGUGAUGCAUUAUCAGAGGAUUGCCAAAAACAACACCUGCUUUACUAGAUUUAGAAUACAUUUUUAAAAUGCAUGGCAGAACGUGUCAACACUUUUGCUUGCCUCAACCAACUAUAGUUGACCAGCCUAACAUACUCUACAACGUUGAACAAGAACGUCAAUAUGGACAAGAAGCUUUUAGCAAACUGAAUCAAGAGCAAACGUUAAUAGUGGAAGAAGUCUUGAGUUCGGUUAGAAAUGAAUCUCCAAACUGCUAUUUCAUUGACGAACCAGGUGGUUCAGGAGAAACAUUUAUUUACACUGCGCUAUGUCACAUCCUACGAGGGGAAAAUAAGGUGGUUUUACCAGUUGCAUGGACAGGCAUUGCUGCGAAUCUGUUACCUGGGGGACGAACUUCACAUGCUCUUUUUAAGCUACCUGUGCCUAUUUUAGAUACUUCAGUGUCAUCUAUGCGGCCCAACUCAAAAGAAGCACAGCUUUUACGGAAAACAGAUUUAUUUAUUUGGGACGAAGUAUCUAUGGUACCUAAGGAUGCAAUAAACAUUGUUGAUAAGCUUUUCAAAGAUAUAACAAAUGUGAAUUUGCCAUUUGGAGGAAAAAUAUUUGUAUUUGGAGGUGAUUUUAGACAAGUUCUUCCAGUUGUUAGACAUGCCACCAGAACUUCAAUUAUUGAAAAUUGCAUUAAACGCUCACCGUUGUGGUCAAAGGUGAAAAUUCGUAGAUUAGUUCAAAAUAUGCGAGCCAAUAAUGACCCUGAGUUUAAAAACUGGCUACUCAAACUGGGAAAUGGUGACUUAGAAAUCCAACAUGAAAUAUCCGAAGAUACUAUUAAAAUUCCACGACAAUACUACGCUGAUUAUGAUAACCUAAUUGCUAAGGUUUACGGCACAAAUGAAAUAAAUGACAGUAACAUAUCUAAGUUUUACUCAACAGCUAUUUUAUGUCCAAAAAAUGACGAAUGCUCGACUUUUAAUGAGUAUAUAGUAUCAAAGUUAUUGCCCGGGGAUAUUAAAAUUUAUCUAAGUUGCGAUACAGUCGAAAAAAAUGAAAGUUAUGAUGCUCAGUGUUAUCCAACUGAGUUUCUUAAUUCUCUAAAUCCUUCCGGCUUACCUCCACAUAAACUAAUUUUGAAGAAAAAUACAAUCGUUAUGUUGAUUCGUAAUCUUAAUGCCAAAGAAGGACUUAUAAAUGGUGCCAGGAUGGUCGUCAGCCAUUUAGGCGAGAACGCAAUAACUGUCAAAUUAAUCGAUUCGGGAAAAAUAGCUAUCAUACCGCGAGUUAAACUAACUCCUUCAGAUCCAACUGUACCCUUCCAGAUGACUAGAAAACAGUUUCCUUUAAAAGUCGCUUUCGCUAUGACUAUAAACAAAGCCCAAGGUCAAACAUUCGAUAAAGCCGGUUUAUAUUUACCUAGCCCAGUAUUUUCACAUGGACAGUUAUAUGUGGCCUUUUCUAGAGUCAGGCGAUUCGAAGAUAUCACUUUUUCAGCCCAAGCGACAUUCAAGCAAAAAAUUGAAAAUGAAUUUAUUUUUACGUCGAAUAUUGUAUUUAAGGAAGUUUUGUAAAAAAAUGUUAAGUUAAUAAAUACAUGUACAUAUCGAACAUAGCUAAAAACGUAUACAUAUAUCUAUUACUUCUGAUUGAUGGUUUUGUGGUCAUUGGGUCAUAUUUAUAAAAAAAGUUAAAUAUUGCUUUUUCUCAAAUUUUCAGAAAUUCGAAAUAUGUAAGUUUGUAUGAAGGAAACUUCAAAAUUUUAGAAAAAGGUUUGAAA